AAACAGAAGUGUAACAGCUGAUCAGACUUCAGGAGACUUCACCUUAGAGUCAGCAGCUUGACAGCCGAGAGUAAGAAAAGGGAAGACAGCGUGACAGUAUAGGAACCAAAUAACCCUUUAAAGAAAGAAGACGGUAGGGUUGAUCCAUCGUUUGUAACACACUAUUAAAAUGGUUAUUAGAAUUCUCUUAAUUUUGUCAGCAAACGUGAAUAAUAAGUAGCUCAGAGGAAUAUACACCAGAAACGUUUAAUAAAUGAGCUGGAAGAAGAACCCCGGAUAAUCGUGAUUCAUCUGAGAAAGAUUGACCUACCUAACCUACCUAAUCUAUCAUGGAAUAAAACUGCAUUUCAAGUGCAGCACUGUAGGAUGGAAUGUUACCUUAACACGACUAACCUGGAUAUAAUCACAUUUUCCGAAAAUAUUUGAACUCUUUGAAAGUGACUGACAGUGACUGGUCCAGUCAGCAUCACAGCAAUCCCCCGUCUGACCAAUCCCCUGCAAAAAUGGCCAUCUACAGUCCUGCCCCCACGCAAGAAUCCUCCACAGAGCUGACCAAUGGCAACCUCAAGACAAGCAGUUCUCAGGAGUCAAUGAAACUGAAGAAGGAGAUCUCCCUAGUCAAUGGCAUCUGCCUUAUUGUGGGGAACAUGAUUGGCUCUGGCAUCUUUGUUUCACCUAAAGGUGUACUGAUGUACAGUGCCUCCUAUGGCUUGUCGUUGGUAGUUUGGACCAUUGGGGGGGUAUUCUCUGUGUUUGGGGCACUGUGCUAUGCUGAGCUGGGAACCACCAUCACGAAGUCUGGUGCAAGUUAUGCCUAUAUUCUGGAGGCCUUUGGAGGCUUCCUGGCCUUUAUUCGCCUGUGGACCUCACUCCUCAUCAUUGAGCCCACCAGUCAGGCUGUGAUAGCUAUCACCUUUUCCAACUACAUGAUGCAACCCAUCUUCCCUACCUGUGUUGCUCCCUAUGUGGCCAACCGCCUCUUGGCAGCAGCAUGCAUAUGUUUGUUGACCUUUGUAAACUGUGCCUAUGUGAAGUGGGGUACUCGGGUACAGGACUUCUUCACCUAUGCCAAAGUCAUUGCGCUUAUUGCUGUUAUCAUCACCGGCCUGGUCAAGAUAUUCCAGGGUUAUACACAGAAUUUUGAAGACCUGUUUGUGGGUUCCUCUCAGAACCCAGGUGAUGUGGCCCUGGCCCUGUACUCGGCUCUGUUCUCUUACUCUGGCUGGGACACCCUCAACUUUGUCACAGAGGAGAUCAAAAACCCUGAGAGGAACCUUCCACUGGCCAUUGCCAUUUCCAUGCCCAUCGUCACAGUGAUCUAUAUCUUGACCAAUGUGGCUUACUAUACUAUUCUGCCCAUCCCUGCAAUUCUGGACAGUGAUGCUGUGGCCGUGACAUUUGCAGACAAAGUAUUUGGGGUGUUUAACUGGACAAUCCCACUUGCUGUCGCCCUCUCCUGCUUUGGGGGAUUAAAUGCGUCCAUCUUGGCUGCCUCAAGGCUGUUCUUCGUGGGCUCCAGAGAGGGCCACCUGCCUGACUACUUGUGCAUGAUCCACGUUAGCCGCUUCACCCCUAUCCCUGCCCUGCUCUUCAAUGGUGCCAUGGCUCUGGUGUACCUUUGUGUGGAGGACAUCUUUAAACUGAUUAACUACUACAGUUUCAGCUACUGGUUCUUUGUGGGUCUGUCCAUUCUGGGCCAGCUGUACCUGCGCUGGAAACAGCCAGACAGACCACGCCCACUCAAGCUCACUAUUGUCUUCCCAAUCAUUUUCUGCCUUUGCACCAUCUUCCUUGUGGUGGUCCCACUUUAUAGUGAUACCAUUAACUCCUUGAUUGGCAUUGGAAUUGCCCUAUCAGCUGUCCCCGUCUACUUCUUAUGCUGCCACACCCCGGCCUCCCGUAGGCCGGUGUGGGUUCGCAGGUUCAUUGCAACAUCUGGAUUGCUAAUUCAGAAGGUUUGCUACUGUGUGCUGACUGAAAUGGACACAGAUGAAGGGAAAACGGAGUAAAAAGGGACAUCAAAUAACUGUUGAAAAGAUUUGACCCUGAAUCCGUCAGCACUACGAUCUCUCACAACAGCCAGUGAUGCUACCUGACAGAUGUUAUAAACUCUUUGGGCACCUUCUCACUUGUACUAAUUAUUCUAUAUAUUAAAAUACAUUUUAAAAGAA